AGAUUUGGUGUGAUCUUGCAGGUGUGAGUGUGUGUGUAGAUCAUGGGCCGGCUGGAUGGAAAAGUGAUCGUGUUGUCUGCGGCUGCGCAGGGAAUCGGCCGAGCUGCUGCUCUGGCUUUUGCUAAAGAAGGAGCUCAGGUCAUUGCUACAGACAUUAAUGAAGAGAAACUGAAAGAACUGGACGGAACUGCAGGGAUCAGGACGAAGAAACUGGAUGUGACGAAACAGAAUGAAGUUGAAGCUCUGGCGGCCGGGCUGGAGAGAGUGGACGUGCUGUUUAACGUCGCCGGAUUUGUUCAUCAUGGUACGAUCCUGGAGUGCGGCGAGUCGGACUGGGACUUCACCAUGAACCUGAACGUACGCAGCAUGUACCUGAUGAUCAGAGCUUUCCUACCCAAGAUGUUGGCUCGAAGAUCAGGGAACAUCCUCAACAUGGCCUCUGUGGCGUCCAGCAUCAAAGGUGUAGUGAACAGGUGUGUGUACAGCACGUCUAAAGCAGCGGUCAUCGGACUCACCAAGUCUGUGGCUGCGGAUUUCAUCGAGCAGGGGAUUCGCUGUAACUGCAUCUGCCCCGGAACUGUAGACACUCCGUCACUCAGAGAGCGAAUCCAGGCCAGACCUGAUCCCGAGCAGGGGUUUAAGGACUUCAUGGUGAGGCAGAGGAUCGGCAGGAUGUGCACCGCAGAGGAAGUGGCGAAUCUGUGCGUGUAUCUCGCCUCCGAUGAGUCGAGCUACGUGACCGGAGCUGAACACAUCAUCGAUGGAGGAUGGAGUCUGUGAUUAUUCCACACUGUGAUGGAGAGUUACUGCAUUAUAAGUGAAGAAACAAGAAAAACGACGAUCAAACAAACAAAAAUACUUAUGUUCAUGUCGUUGCGAUGAUUUAAAACAUUACAUUGUUCUGUUUUAAAUGAGAUUAUAAUCAAAUAAAAGAAAGACUUUAAAGCAUUAAUGAUAAUAAUAGUUUAGAUUUGAGAUCUAUUCCUAGUUUGAAUGGAAAGGGUGCCAAUAAUUAUGCUUUUUCACUCCAAACAGAAUCAAAAUAUCUCCCAAUCCUAGCAAAACCUUUUCCUAACGUGGUGAUGUUCUUUCUAAUAAAUUGUCAAGCUUUAAA